AUGGUGAUGUCGCUCGCUUUCCUCCUUGGCCUGAUGGCUUCGGCUUCCGUAGCCAGCCCCCUAGCUGUAAGAGACGGGGCCGAGCAUCGCUGCGGUGCCCGGGAGAUCAGCCUGACGGAGCGCCAGCUAGGCCCCGGGCAAGGCUCGCCCGGUGAGGGACAAGGAGUCAAUGACGAUGGAAAAAACAUCACCAUGGGCACUUAUAUCUACUUCUGCCCCAGCAGAUGCGGCAAGUUCCCUCCGGACAAGUCAGGUCAGGACGAGAUUGAGAGGAUAAACGUGGCCUUCCAAGGGUCAAUAACAUUCAAGCUCACAAAGAUCACCCAUGUCGAGGAUCCGCGGUGCUCUUCCGGCUUGGUAAAUGAAAACGACAUAGAUUCGUUGAAAGAAAAGAUCUACCUUGGCAACGUGGGCGACGCCCAUAUUUUGUACGUGGAUACGAACCAAGGCGCAGGCGUCAAGGGCGUGGCUCUUAUGCCAACUUCCGGCAUGGACAUUGCCGCGUCCAUACAGAGGAAGGACGGAGCCGCCGUAGCCAUGGACACUCUGCCCGGCUACAAUGAAUUCUGUUCAGGAGGAAGAAACCGCGCUCGAGGACUAUCGGAAAGCUUCCUCGGCCGUCUUCUAAGACGUCAAGGCGGCGGCGACAAGGGCGGAGCUUUAGAGGGAUCUUCGAUAACAGCUGCACAUGAGCUGGCUCACACACUCGGCAUGGCACAUUUGGGAGGCAAUCAAAAACGUCAGCUCGGUGGAGGUGUUAGAAACAUCAUGGAACCCGAGGCGGUUUUUAGCGCCAUGUAUGCAUUCAAUUCAGGUCAAUUGAAGGAAAUGCGCAAGAUGGCGGACAAGGCCCUCUGGGUCCGACCGGUGGACAAGGCCCUCAAGGUCCGAUCGGUGGACAAGAUUCUCAAGGUCCGACCGGUGGACAAGAUCCUCAAGGUCCGACCGGCGGACAAAGCCCUCAAGGUCCGACCGGUGGACAAGGCCCUCAAGGUCCGUUCGGUGGACAAGAUUCUCAAGGUCCAAUCGGUGGACAAGGCCCUCAAGGUCCAAUCGGUGGACAAGAUUCUCAAGGUCCGACCGGUGGACAAAGCCCUCCAGUUCCAACCGGAGGGAGUGACGGCCCCCAACUUCCAGGUGACGGCCCUCAACCCCCGAAUGGAGUACAAGGCCCUGGAUUUCCAAACGAAGGAGAUGACAACGGCCGUCCGGGGCGACCCGGCCCCGGCGGACCCACCAAGCCCAGACCCGGCUCCCCUACGUCCCCUUGGCGAGAACUCAGGAGCCCCACAAAAUCCCGGCGGCGUCUUGAGACCCAUUGGAUCCGAACCUGGCUUGAACGAUGGCCCGAGUCAACCUCAGCUAGAGUCUCCCGGCAACAAUGGCCUACAAGGGCUCGGCUCCGGGAAACCCAUUGGAUUCGGACCUGGCUUGAACGAUGGCCCGAGUCAACCUCAGCUAGAGUCUCCCGGCGACAAUGGCCUGCAAGAGCCCAGCUUCGGGAAACCCAUUGGAUUCGGACCUAGCUUGAACGAUGGUCCGAGUCAACCUCAGCUAGAGUCUCCCGGCAACAAUGGCCUACAAGGGCUCGGCUCCGGGGAACCCAUUGGAUUCGGACCUAGCUUGAACGAUGGCCCGAGUCAACCUCAGCUAGAGUCUCCCGGCAACAAUGGCCUACAAGAGCUCGGCUUCGGGGAACCCAAUGGAUUCGGACCUGGCUUGGACGAUGGCCUGAGUCAGUCUCAGCAGGCGACUUCUGGCGGCUACGGCCAAGAAGGACCCGUCCUCUGGGAGCCGGCUGAGUCAGCACCUGACAUGGGCGAUUUCAUGGCACUGUACUCGCCAGGUCCUGACGAGCUUGCACCGCGGGCAGACUCUCCCGGAAGCGACGGUACAAACGACUUUUCUGAAUUCAUCUCCAACAACUUCCAUGUCCGGGCCCAGCCAGAAGAGGAAGCAAACGAGUCGGAUCUGGUGCACAUCAACCGACGUGACGGUGCCGAGACUGCACCUGACGAGCCCGCUUUGGUUCACAUCAACCGACGUGACGGUGCCGAGACUGCAACUGACGAGCCCGCUUUGGUUCACAUCAACCGACGUGACGGUGCCAAGACUGCAACUGACGAGCCCGCUUUGGUUCACAUUAACUGA